AAUUUAUGGGAAAUCAGCAAGUUUUCGUAAACUAUACUUCUGGCCUUGCUUUUAUACAAGACUUAAAUGAAUAAUUAUUGGAUAAAGGAACUUAGAUUCAUCCUUCUCUAGGACCCAUUAAAUUAUGGUAAAUGAAAAAAGACCCACAAACCUUUUUAUUUUCUCUCGUAUUUAUGAUUAUUAUUAUCGAAGGUUAUUUAAACAUCAACACUGGAUGCAUAAUUACUAUAAAUACAUUAAUAGAGAUGCAAAAUGUAACAUCCAAAUUUAUUAAAAUAUUAUGCCUGCUCUAAGUCAUUAUAAUUGGCAGGUGUAGAGAAAUAAUAAUAUUUUUUUGAGUAUUAGCCGAAAACACUAAAACAACUUACAAUGCAAGCUCCAUUAAAAGAAGAAUAAAUCUGGGCUGUAUCUAAUAUUAUAAAAUUAAGUUUGUUGAAUAAAUUGUAGAUGUAAUGCAAUAUAUACAGAGUUUGAAUAAAUUUCAUGGAAACCUAACCUCAGAAGCAAUUUUUAUUGAUAAGUAACAAAAUGCCAAACUGUUAGACAACUUAGGCUAAAAACGGUAAAAUAUAGAUUCAAUUUCUGAAGAUAUUUUUUAAUUGGGACUAUUAUGCUUAGAAAUGAUGACUCAAAGAUGUAAUAUUAAUUUAUAUUAUCUAUUAGCAAGCUAAUUGAAUUUUAGCAGUGCUUUAAAACAGCUGAUGGGUAAAUACAGUUUAUAAUUACUAUAACUAACAAGCAAAUUAUUACAAAAAGAUAUUGAAAUGGGAUUGGAUUUUUUUGAAUUAAAGAAUAUAAUAAAAAAUAGAUUUAAAAUUCCUAUUACUAUCAAAUAGGCUAAAAUUAUCAAAACUGAAUAAGGGUACUAAUCUUGUUCUAGUAUCUAAAUACUCGAUGUAGCUGAAAUACAGAGAAUUAAACAACUACAACCUUAGAAUUAAAAUUAACAUUAAGCAGAGAUCAUAAACACCAUAAACUAAAACUAAAUCCAAAUCCAAUAAAUUAAGGGAGGUUAUUUAUAAUAAUUCAAAUAAUUAAAUGUUCUCCCAUAAAAAUAAUAAAUUGAUCCAGAUUUAAGGAAAAAGAAUUCAAUUCAAUAAGUGUAGUUGAAUUCUUAUAAGAAUUAAUAACAAACAAAUCAAAGUAUACAAUUAUAAAAAAUUCAGCCUCAAAUAAUAAAUCAUAAAUAAAGACCAUCAUUAUAAUUCUAAAACUCUCAUGUUACUAGUAGAAAUCCUUCCCCAAAAGAUAGGAUACUAUUUUCAUAAGUAAAAUAACCAUAAUAACCCUAAAAUAAUCAUUUUAAUUUGAAAUAAGCACUAGAAAUAUUAGAUAAGAUAUAUAAAAAUUAAAACAAUGCAUAGACAAAAUCAUAGUAGAAGAUGGAUAUGCGUUCCUCUAUUGAUUCAAGUCAUAGCACACAAUUUUAUUUAUCAUAGAAUAAAAGAUAAUAGACAUUACCACAAGGCUCUAGUUCUGUUAUCUAAACACCUUGUCAUAAAUUUCAAAACGUAUAUAUAACAUUAAUAUUUAGAUAUAAGCACGUUCCUUCCAAAGUUUUCAUAAAAAAAAUGAAAUUUGAUUUAUUACAUUUAAAAAUAAUCCAAC